ACAUUCUACGAGAGCACGAGGACGCGCGUAGUGGCAGCGCGAGUGCGCUCGCGCGCGCCCGUGUUUGUUCAUGUGUAGACUGAUCCACUGCGUUGGAAAAUGAGCAAAGACUCGCCCACAUUUUCUGUCGACGCUCCAUAAAAUCGUUAGCCCAACAUCCCUGCCUUUAAUAAGUUUCUAGGCUGCCUGUCCCUUUAAACGAGUCGUUUUUCUUUAAUCCUGAAUUGAUGGCUUAAAUGCGGAGAUAGAGAAUAGAGGGUGAGCAAUAUUUAUCAGCGCUUUAUAUCGUUAUUUUUUGUACCAAAAGCAUUGAAAGUUUGUUUUCUUUGAAGACCGGAUCUAAAUGACGCUUUUUAAUUUUUAAAUCACCUGAAUGCAACUCCACUGAUUCAGAAUGACAAGCUUUUAGGAGGAGACACACAGCAUCUUUGGAUUUAUUCCAGGAUCGUACAACUUUCAAAGACAAAAAACACAUUUUGGAAAUAUGUCUCAUAAAUUUGAGUGAAGAAACUGUCGUGAGGAUCAUGUGUUUGGCUCCAAUGAGGUCAAAGUGACAAUCUCCGUCAUGUAUGAGGAGAACCGUAAAAGGAAUGGGUACUCCAACGAGGAAGAGGAAGGUGGUGGUGAAGCGGAAGAGGAGGAGGAGGAGGGUGGAGAAGGAGGAGGAGGAGGUGACGAAGGCGAUAAGGAAGAGAAGGAUGAAUGGGACGAGGAGGAUCGACCGAAGAUGAACCGCACAGAAACGCUCAUGUCCACCACCAGCUCUACUGCAACACAGAAGAAGAAGAGUCAGCAUGUGAAGAAGCAGGUUCAGGGGUCCAACCAGGUCCAGCGUGCACCCAGAGCUCUUUACUGCCUUAAACUGAACAACCCCAUCCGCAGGGCUGCCCUUCACCUUGUGGAAUGGAAACCAUUUGAUAUCUUUAUUCUCCUGGCCAUCUUCGCUAACUGUGUAGCUUUGGGGGUCUCCAAGCCUUUUCCAGAAGAUGACUCCAACGCCACAAACCAUGACCUCGAACAAGUUGAAUAUGUUUUUCUGAUUAUCUUCACUAUUGAAACAUUUCUGAAGAUCCUGGCGUACGGCCUCGUCAUGCAUCCCAGCUCAUACAUCCGCAACGGCUGGAAUUUACUAGAUUUCGUCAUCGUCAUUGUAGGGUUGUUCAGUGUGGUAUUAGAAACUGUUACUCACAAAUCCGGUGAAACGACUUCCCACACGCCAGGGAAACCUGGAGGUCUGGAUGUCAAAGCCCUCAGAGCCUUCAGAGUUUUACGACCCCUCCGACUGGUUUCAGGAGUGCCCAGCCUACAGAUUGUGUUAAACUCCAUCAUGAAGGCGAUGGUUCCCCUGUUGCACAUUUCUUUGCUUGUCCUCUUUGUCAUCAUCAUCUACGCCAUCAUUGGACUGGAGCUCUUCAUAGGACGAAUGCAUCGCACCUGCUUUUUUAUAGGCACAGAUAAUUAUGCAGAUGAUGAUCCUCUGCCCUGUGCGUUUGCGGGUCAUGGUCGCCAGUGUUAUGUCAAUGGCUCUGAGUGCAGGGGAAAGUGGGAAGGGCCGAACGGUGGCAUCACAAACUUUGAUAACUUCUUCUUUGCCAUGUUAACAGUAUUCCAGUGCAUCACAAUGGAGGGCUGGACAGACGUCUUGUACUGGAUGAAUGAUGCAAUUGGCUUUGAGCUACCAUGGGUUUACUUUGUCAGUCUGGUCAUCUUUGGAUCCUUCUUCGUUCUCAAUCUUGUGUUGGGUGUGUUGAGCGGAGAAUUCUCCAAGGAGAGAGAGAAGGCGAAGGCGCGUGGAGAUUUCCAGAAGCUCAGAGAGAAGCAGCAGAUGGAGGAGGAUCUGUGUGGAUACAUGGACUGGAUCACUCAGGCUGAGGAUAUCGAUGAGUUUGAUGAGGAUGGAAACAGACGUGUGACUUUGCGUGACCUCGCUGAUAAGAAGAGGGGGAAAUUCGGCUGGUUCAGCCACUCGAACGAAACCCACGCAAGCCUUCCAGCCAGUGAAACAGCUUCGGAAAACACUGAAAACAUAGAUGAAGAACACACAGAUUGUUGUGCUGCGUGCUGCGCUCGCAUUAUGAAGAUCCCAUGCUGCCGUGCCCUGCGUCGCUGGAACCGCUGCAUCCGGAGAAACUGUCGUACGGCAGUGAAAUCUGUGACAUUUUAUUGGCUGGUGCUGAUCCUGGUCUUCCUCAACACAGCUCUCAGUGCUUCAGAGCAUUACAACCAACCAGAAUGGCUCACAGACGUUCAGGACAUCGCCAAUAAGGUUCUACUCUCGUUGUUCACGGUGGAGAUGCUGUUGAAAAUGUACAGUCUGGGGUUGCAGGUUUAUUUCGUCGCGUUUUUCAACCGUUUUGACUGUUUUGUCGUGUGUGGUGGGAUUCUGGAGACGGUUCUGGUGGAGAUGGAAAUCAUGCCGCCUCUUGGCAUCUCAGUGUUACGCUGCGUUCGCCUGCUUCGAAUCUUCAAAGUCACACGGCACUGGACAGCUCUGUCCAAUCUGGUGGCCUCGCUGCUCAACUCAAUGAAGUCUAUUGCCUCCCUGCUGCUGCUGCUCUUCCUCUUCCUCAUAAUCUUCGCUCUGCUUGGCAUGCAGCUGUUUGGAGGGAAGUUUAAUUUUGACGAGACUCAGACCAAGAGGAGCACAUUUGAUUCCUUUCCUCAGGCCCUGCUCACCUGCUUUCAGAUCCUAACAGGUGAAGACUGGAAUGUAGUGAUGUAUGAUGGCAUCAUGGCAUACGGUGGACCGGUUUUCCCUGGAAUGAUCGUCUGUCUAUACUUUGUGAUUUUGUUCAUCUGUGGUAACUAUAUUCUGCUGAAUGUCUUCUUGGCCAUCGCUGUUGACAACUUAGCAGGAGGAGAUGGAGACAACAAGAAAAAUGAAGAAAAAAAAGAGGGUGAAGCAGAACCAGCAGAAGAAGAGAAUGGAGAGGUGAAGGUGGACAUGGAUGAAGAGUACGAGGAGGAAGAGGAGCCUGAGGAGGGAGAUGAUGAAGAAGGGAAAAUUCAGCUCAAUGUUGCUGACUUCGCUCCUCCUAAAGAGAAGAUUCUUCCUAUCCCAGAGGGCAGUGCGUUCUUCUGCCUCAGCAAGACCAACCCGAUAAGAGUGGGCUGCCAUACCCUGAUCCAUCACCACAUCUUUACCAAUCUCAUCCUGGUCUUUAUUAUUCUCAGCAGCAUUUCACUGGCUGCGGAGGAUCCCAUCAGAGCUCACUCCUUUAGGAACAAUGUGUUGGGAUAUGCAGAUUAUGCUUUUACUUCCAUAUUCACAGUGGAGAUCUUACUGAAGAUGACAGUUCAUGGUGCGUUCCUCCACGAGGGUUCCUUCUGUAGAAACUGGUUUAAUCUGUUGGAUCUUUUGGUGGUCAGUGUGUCUCUGGUCUCCUUCUUCUUACAUUCGAGUGCCAUCUCUGUUGUGAAGAUUCUGAGGGUGCUCAGAGUGUUGAGGCCUCUUCGAGCCAUCAACAGAGCCAAAGGACUCAAGCAUGUGGUACAGUGUGUGUUUGUUGCUAUAAGGACCAUCGGGAACAUCAUGAUUGUCACCACUCUACUUCAGUUCAUGUUUGCCUGCAUCGGUGUCCAGCUUUUCAAGGGCAAAUUUUAUCGCUGCACAGAUGAAGCUAAAAACACCCCGGAACAGUGCAAGGGCACAUUUGUAGUGUAUAAAGAUGGAGAUGUGAGUCACCCGAUGGUGAGGGAGAGAAUCUGGCUCAACAGUGACUUCAACUUUGAUAAUGUGCUGAUGGGAAUGAUGGCUCUCUUCACGGUCUCUACUUUCGAAGGCUGGCCAGCGCUGCUCUAUAAAGCCAUCGAUGCCAACGGCGAGAAUCACGGCCCCAUUUAUAACUAUCGUGUAGAGAUCUCGAUAUUCUUCAUCGUCUACAUCAUCAUCAUCGCCUUUUUCAUGAUGAACAUCUUCGUGGGUUUUGUCAUCAUCACCUUCCGUGAGCAAGGAGAGGCCGAGUUCAAGAACUGCGAGCUGGACAAAAAUCAGAGACAGUGUGUUGAAUAUGCCCUAAAGGCUCAGCCGCUGAAGCUGUACAUCCCCAAAAACCCAGUGCAGUACAAGUUCUGGUCUAUAAUCAACUCCACAGGGUUCGAGUACGUCAUGUUUGUGCUGAUUCUCCUCAACACUGUUACUCUGGCUGUGCAGCACUAUGACCAGUCAAAGUUUUUCAGUCAAGUGAUGGACAUCCUCAAUAUGGUUUUUACCGGCCUUUUCACUGUGGAGAUGAUCAUUAAACUGAUGGCUCUUAGACUAAGGCAUUAUUUUGUGGAUGCAUGGAACUCUUUUGAUGCGCUGAUUGUUGUUGGAAGUGUGGUGGACAUUGUGGUCACAGAGUUCAGCAGCUCAGAGGACAGUUCUCGUGUAUCCAUUACAUUCUUCCGCCUGUUUCGUGUGAUGCGAUUGGUUAAGCUGCUCAGCAAGGGAGAAGGCAUUCGUACACUGCUCUGGACCUUUGUGAAAUCACUCCAGGCCCUGCCGUAUGUAGCUCUUUUGAUCGCGAUGAUUUUCUUCAUAUAUGCUGUGAUUGGAAUGCAGACAUUUGGCAAGAUCGCCAUGCAAGACCAUACGCAAAUCAACAGGAACAACAAUUUUCAGACCUUCCCACAGGCUGUGCUGCUGCUUUUCAGGUGUGCUACAGGUGAAGCAUGGCAGGAGAUCAUGUUGGCCAGUCUACCAGGAAAGCGCUGUGACGCAGAGUCAGAUUUCGAGCCUGGUGAAGAAUUUUCCUGUGGCAGCAACAUUGCUAUUGUCUACUUCAUCAGUUUCUUUAUGCUCUGCGCCUUCCUGAUUAUUAAUCUGUUUGUCGCCGUCAUUAUGGAUAAUUUCGACUACCUGACUCGUGAUUGGUCAAUUCUUGGCCCACAUCACCUGGAUGAGUUUAAAAGAAUCUGGUCAGAGUACGACCCAGAAGCCAAGGGUCGUAUUAAGCACUUGGAUGUAGUGGCUUUGCUCAGGAGGAUCCAGCCACCGCUUGGAUUUGGGAAGCUCUGUCCUCAUCGUGUGGCCUGCAAGAGGCUGGUGGCCAUGAACAUGCCCCUGAACGCUGACGGUACGGUGACCUUCAACGCCACCCUGUUCGCCCUGGUCAGAACUGCCCUGAAAAUAAAAACUGAUGGGAACCCGGAUCAAGAGAACGAAGAGUUGAGAAUUAUUAUUAAAAAGAUCUGGAAGAGAACAAAACCUAAAGUGCUGGAUGAGGUUAUUCCUCCCCCUGCUGAGGAGGAAGUGACAGUGGGUAAAUUCUACGCUACGUUCCUGAUCCAGGACUAUUUCAGGAAGUUCCGGAAAAGGAAGGAGAAAGUGGGUCUUGAAGAAGAAGGGAAUGGAAACCCUACUGCUCUACAGCUGUGUCAGGCGGGGCUGCGAACUCUGCAGGAACUGGGGCCAGAAAUGAGACUGGCCAUGAACGAAGAUCUGGAGGAGGAAGAGGAGGGUCUGGACGAGGAGCAAGAGGAGGAUGAUGCUCAUUAUAAGAAUGAAAAUGGCUACGCGCACACUGAGCCCUUAAGCAGAAGCCGGCGCUCCUCUUUGGCCACUACUCCCAUCGGUGCCCCUGUCCCUGUCCCAGGAGAUGGCAUCCUGAAUGGGGGACUGGGACGUAGGAGCUCUCUUGCAAAAACACCAAAUGGGAACGGAGCUCUGGAGAACGAGAACUUCAGGAGAAGAGACAGCAUGCGCUCCUCUAUUCAUUACCAACACAAGAAUGGUGUGAUUGACCAACUGCCCAAGAGACCAUCAUACUACAAAUACCCAAGGAGAGACUCCAGGGACAGAUUCUCCUCUCCUCUUUCUCGGAGAGAGGAAGGUGGUGAGUACCCUGGAGAGCAGCGCUUCUAUGGAAAAGACGAGGACAGCGAGAGUGUCAUCUCGAGAGAAAGGCAUGGUUAUCCAGAGGACAGCACAAUUUUCCAAGGACAUAGAGACAUGUAUGAUGGACACUCUAUGAGACACCCUGUCUAUGGAAAUCAUUAUGGAAACAGUUAUGGAGAUGGCAGAAGAACAGCACGGAGACGCCUCCUGCCAGCAACACCUACAGGGAGAAAGGCUUCGUUUAACAUACAGUGUUUAAGAAGGCAAGGCAGCAGCGAUGAUCUGCCCAUUCCAGGAACCUAUCAUCAGAACUCGCCGCCCUGCAGAGCACGCUCACAGGGAUACAGCAGUUAUGAUUCCCGUCGCAGCAGUGCUCGAUCAUCCACCGGUUCGACAGCGUCCUGGGCAAACACAGGUCCUCGACGGGGUCGCCUCCUCUACGCUCCUCUUAUCCUGGUAGAGGAGGAGGGAGCAGCAGGAGCUGGGGGUGUCGGCAUCUGGGACAAAAAACCCGGUGGCGUCGGAGUGCCUGCAUCAGUUCGGCAUCCUGGCUCAGGAUGGUACUCAGGACCCUCUGCUGGUGGAGGGGGGCAGCCAUACAGAGCCUACACCACCCUCAGAGUCCCGACACAACUCAGUCCUCAUUACAGCGAGAAGAGAGGCAGCGCCGACAGCCUGGUGGAAGCGGUCUUGAUCUCUGAGGGCUUAGGUUUGUAUGCCAAGGACCCAAAAUUUGUAGCCUUUGCCAAGCGUGAGAUUGCAGAUGCCUGUCACAUGACCAUUGAUGAAAUGGAGAGCGCCGCAAGUGAUCUCCUCAACCGAGGAGGCUCUGAGAAAAGCCAAAAGUUCAUGAACCACACAGACACAGGGCUUGUAUACAGUGACGAGGAGCCCAUCAGGAGCCAUGAGGAAGAGGAGCUGGCGGACGAAAUGACCUGCGUUACAUCUUUCUAAAAAACUGAAUAAAGAGCCAAUCAGGACAGCAGUUAAAAGACUCCCGACUGACCAAUCACAUGUUAAUGCUGUGAAAGAAAGCGGCUCUGGCUUACCUUUCGUCUUUAAAUGCAAAUCACUGAAAAGACUCUUUUUAUAAACUGCUGGAAACGUCAAUUGUUUUGUAAUAUGUUUAAAUGUGUUUUUAUUCUGUUCUUUUUGUCUGUAUGGUUUAUUUUUAAGCAUCAUUUACAGAGGGAAAUGCACAAACACAGUAUUUUUAAUUAUUCAGUUGAAUAAUUUUAAUAACGAAGAACCAAAAUAAUCUGAAUCAACAUUUUUGUCUUGCAUUUUGUGUACAUCUGUGUAUUUUUUCCAUUUUUUUCACAAUAGGCUCCAGUUUGCUUAAUCAUCUUUGGAUCUUGAAAUGGAUUGAGUCUACUCCAUUUCCAUCUUAAAAUAGAAACAUCAUCUUGGAACAAAUAGCAGACUGUUUAGGGGCAAAAAGAUCCUACAUUGUGCUGCGUUUACAAAGCCUGGCAGGAAUUUCAAGUAUUUUGGAUUUUUUUUAAAGGUGAAACACAAUUCAUUGUACAUUUGUUGUUGUUGUUGUUGUUGUUGUUUUUUUAUAUUUGUUGUUUUCAUUUUUUAAAUCCAUUUCCUGCAGUUUCAUAAAGUGAUUGACUUUGAAACAUUGCUGAUAUGCCAAGCCACUUUAUUUUUUUCAGUUACUUUUGAAUGAUCAUGAUCCCCAAGAUUGAGUGAUCUGUUCAUUAAGAGGACAGCGUGUCCCAUUCAUUCUGUGCAUUUAAUUAAAAUGACUGAAAAUCCGCUAAAAAUAAAUGACCACGCGAUACAGAUGGGAUCACGUCCGUUCUACCACUUGUAAUCACCAGAACUCUCUCCCUCCUUCUGCAAUCAGUGUAAAUAUUAAUAAAACUACCUAACAUGUAAUAUUAUAUCUAAAGAUUUGUAUGUGAGAUUGAAUGAAAGUUUAUUUAUUAAAAAUAUGACUGAUGUUUGUAAACAAA